AGCAGGUCAUUCGUGAGCUAUUCGUUGUCGUGAUAGCACGCAUAACUCUAUAUAACUGUAUUCCUGUUUUGCGUCGAGUAAAAUUAAUAUCGCGGCUGAAAUAACAAAUGGAUGACAACAGUGAUACGUAAACUUGUGAUACAAAGUGCAAUUACAUUCUCACAUAUAAAUAAUCCAAGUGUGCAUUCCGAGUUUCUCAAGUCGAGAAAGGAGCAGAGAAGCGUGACUGUGUUGUGAUUAGCUGGUGGUUUCCAAACUGCAAGUCGGAGGCCGUUGGAAUUGGCCCCCGACAUGGAGAACUAUUUUGAUAUCUCCAAUGACUUAAAGGAUGUCUGGGAUGCUAACAUUGACCCGGAGAUGCAAGAUGUGUUGGAUGAAGACUCGGACAUGGGCGACUGGCUGAUCGAGCGCGACUCCAAGAUGGGAGUGGUACUCCACGACAGACUCAUGACAGACGCCGCGCUCGAAUCCCUGCCCAUCAAGUCGGAACACUCGUACAGUUUGCAUUCAGAUGUUGAAUCAGCGCCACCGUCGCCGAGCCAGACCAAAGUAGAUGACAUGGAAGACGAGUGUUAUCCCGUGAUCCCGGCCAGCGCGUGGCGCAGUCGACGACGCUCCAGCUCGCCGCUGCUGGUCAAGUCGGAGCCCAAGUCAGAACCGGAGUCCCCUGCCUCAUCCUGCCCGCCCUCACCUGUCCCUGGCACCCAAAUAGGACACGUCAACUUUGUCAUUGAUCACACGAACGGCACGAUCACCAUGCCACAUGGGGUGGUAGAGACGAUAGGUUCGGCGAACGUGCCCCAACUGCUGCUCUGUACCGCGCCUCGCAUCGCCAGCUCUCUCAACAACAACAAACUCUCCGUCAAAGUCACAUCUUCUGGCUCUCCAGGGUUCUCUCUGCCGCCCACUCCGCCGUCGUCUCUGUCCUCGUCGGACAGCGAGGGCGCCCUCUCUCCCUCACACGACGCGAGUCUGCCGCCCGCCGCCGCGCCGCAGACCAGACGCAGCCACCUGUACGUGUCGCACCACUCCAGACAACCCAUCAACACUCCUCUCAUCAGCAGUCAGCCAAAAGGUUCGACGGGUACCCUCAUAUUGACUGAUGAAGAAAAACGCACAUUAUUAGCUGAAGGCUACCCAGUGCCCACGCGCCUGCCUCUCACCAAGGCGGAAGAAAAGUCGUUGAAGAAAAUAAGAAGAAAAAUUAAAAACAAGAUAUCAGCACAAGAAAGCAGACGCAAGAAGAAAGAAUACAUGGACCAGUUAGAACGUAAAGUUGAAAUAUUAUUAUCUGAGAAUUCAGAUUAUAGAAAGAAAGUGGACACACUGGAACAGAAGAACGCGAGUCUGAUGAGCCAACUGGCGGCUCUACAGUCGCUGGUCACGCGCGGUGCCAGGAAGUGACGUCAUCGUUCAAAACCAUGACGCUAUCUCCUGUGCACGUGGACUAAAAUUGCAGUCUAAAUAUAUCAGUUCCAUUAUCAAAUCAAUAUUUUUAUAAAUAAUAUGUUUAUGAAUUUAAUAUUUUGACAUUGCAAGCGCUAUGGAAGCGAUCCUAAGUAAAUCAAUUUUACUAUCGCUAUCUACAAUUUUAUAUCACUAAAAAUUAUUGUCAAGUUGUGCCUGUACAGAAUGUAUUUUAAUUAUAAUUGUUAAAUUUGAAAGUUUUAUUGCACAUCGCUUCCACGUCAUCUAAAACGCAGAACAGUAUUAUUGCCUAUUUGAAACACGUGGUCCUAUCAAUCAGACAUAAUACAAGGCUGUGAGAACAUCAAGUAUAUUAAUACAUUCUCACAGAAAGAUGUUUGACAACGACGAGGACACUGUCCUAUUGCUGAAUGUGUAUUUAUAUGAGAAUAUAUAAUUUUGGAUGUAAUUUACAAUUUACUAAACGUUGUGUAAGUAUCCAAAGUUAAGGACUGUUAGAUUUUGAAUGGUUGCUCACUAUAUUAUUAUUUAAUAGAUAGUCCGUGGUGCUUGCUCGUUAUGUCCGCCAAAAUGGUCGGAUAUAACCUCAAAGUGCCACAUUGUUUUAGCGCCAUCUAUCGGAAGGAUUGGCGGCUUACGACAGGGAUUCGUAUCGGGGUUAGUAAAUGUUUUAGUUGAAAAUAAAGCAUAUUAUGUUGUUUGUAAUCUCGUAAAAUAUUGCCGAAUGGCAUUUAAGUUUUGUGCGUUAUUCUAUGUGCAAAUAGGUUAAGAUUUUAUUGUUACCCAAAGCGUACAUAUUAUGGCGCUGUACAUUAAUGAUUCGUCUGUUUUCGCUUUUUUCUUCGUGUAAUUUUAAAAUUAUCAUACGAAUUGGCUUAGAAGAAUUAUAUUUAUUGUUGUACUGAGAUAGAUAUAAAAUUAUUAUUUACAGACAUCGUUGCGUACUGAAUAAAGAGUAGGGAAAUGUUACCACGUGUAUUAUAUUGUUGCGUUACAAUAUUUAACUAUAUCGCUAGAGGUCGUAUAGAUAUACAUACAUUGAUAUCUAAUAAUCAUUACAUCACUUCUCAUUGUUUAAGAUAAAAUUAUUGUGUCCAACCUUACUUUCCUGUUCAUUUUCAAGCGAUCUAUACUGGCUGCACAAGAGUAAGGUGUCUGAAAUAGAGACCUGACUCUAGCGUCGGGUUGAGACUUGAAGGCCGGGAGUCAUAUAAGUAGACUUGUGCCCUGAAGUGCUGACAUUCUUUUUUCACCUUACUCACAGUUUCAUCAAGCAUUAUACGGAGCUGUCUUCCAAUCUUAUCUUUCUUUCGUCAUUGCCAUGAACCGACAAUCCAACCGAAUGGGUUCAAUUCUUAAAUAUUUAUAUGUCUAGAUAGUCUCUUGCUGUUAGACAACCGAUGAAAACAGGCCAGGUUUAUUACUUUAGUGUGCGUGACAAGCUACGUCUUACACUCGCGAUUUGUAUGUUACUGUAUUAGUGUGCGUGCAUUGCUC